GUCCGCGUAGUCGAUGAUCGAACGACUGGCUGAGUGUGAGCCCAAAUUAUUCACGAUGGGUGAUGAUUAGUUCACAAUGACAUUUCGUGCGUGAGACAUUAGUGAACUUCUCACGACUGUCCUUGAUGAUCUCAUCACACCGCGACGUCUCAAAUCGGUCGACGAUAACGCAACCUCGAGCGCGCUCGUCGAUAAUCGAGUACCGUUGCGUUGCUGCGCGUGUAAAAAAUUAAUUUUGAUUAGGAACGUCCGUGCAGGGUGGCAGCCGGGGUCCGUCGCUAUCUCUGUUAGCUGCACCAAAUGGUAAAAAUGACGCCGAUGGACGAGGGGAGGCUUCGACAGGGUCUAACCAAGUAUCAAAAUCCAGACAUAACAAAGAAGCAUGUGAUAAGCGUCGUGAAUGUGUACAAAGGUUUGGCGUAUAAAUUCGAGCCUUUCGUUUUCAACGAUGGCUCGCGUAGAGAAUUACUUAACCUGCAGGGAACUAUACCAGUUGUUUACAAAGGCUCCUCCUACAAUAUUCCAAUCUGCAUAUGGCUGAUGGAUACGCAUCCCAACAAUGCGCCUAUGUGCUACGUCAAGCCAACGGCAGAUAUGCAUAUCAAAGUCAGUAUGUAUGUCGAUCACAACGGUAAGAUCUACUUGCCGUAUCUUCAUGACUGGGUGCCCCACAAUUCAGAUUUGCUCGCUCUAAUUCAAGUUAUGAUUGUCACCUUCGGCGAACAGCCCCCGGUUUAUGCCAGGUCAAGAUCAGAAAUGCAACAGAGCUCGACGCCGUAUCCCGUACAGUCGUUCAUGCCUGUACCCGGCGGCGGAAAUGUAUCGAGUACCGGCUUCCCUCCGUAUCCGCCAAAUUCUCAGUAUUCCGGCGGCAGCAAUGUGUACCCGCCGUAUCCGUCUACGGCGUCCGGAGGAUUCCCGUAUCCAGGUUCUUACGGCUCUUAUGCAGGAACCACGCCCAGUUACCCGACGCAAGGCUACACUGGUUCAUAUCCUUCGUAUCCGCCAGCCACGCAACCGUCGCCGACGGUACAACCAAGUUCCGGAGGAUCAGGCACGAUCACGGAGGAGCACAUACGGGCGUCUCUGCUGUCCGCGGUGGAGGAUAAACUCCGACGUCGACUCAAGGAACAGUUCUCGCAGUUGCAGGCCGAGCUGGAGACGCUGCGACGAACGCAGCAAGAGCUGUCGAGCGGCUCGUCGCACCUAGUAGAUCUUUUCGACAAACUCAAGAAAGAGAAACUGGAACUCGAGAAAAACGUGAAUAUCUUGCAAGACAAGGAGGCAGAGCUGGAAAAGGAGAUCGCCAAGUUGUCUGAUAAUCAGUCGAUAGAUGUCGACGAAGCUGUUACUACCAUCGCGCCGUUGUAUAAGCAGAUGCUGAAUGCUUUUGCCGAAGAGGCUGCCACCGAGGACGCAAUUUACUAUCUCGGCGAAGGUCUGCGAUCCGGUAUUUUAGAUUUAGAUGCGUUCCUGAAACAAGUUCGACAACUGUCGCGCAGACAAUUUAUGUUGAGAGCACUAAUGCAGAGAUGUCGACAGAAAGCCGGUCUGGCCGGUUAAAAAAUAUCCCCCAUACGCUUCCUCCUAAAGCGGCAAUCUUUCAUUUUGUUGUCAAGUAUUUCGUUGUAUUAGGCGAUCGAGAUGUAACGCAUAAUUUGUAUCCGCAUUGAGGAGCACAGAGAAUUAUUUUAUCGACAAUAAAUGCCACCUGCUUAUGGUGUAUAAUAUAAAUGAGAGGAAAACUGUGUUUUACAUGGAAAAUAAGAAAAAAAAUUCAACAGAUUGUAUAUUCAGUCCGGAUGAGAUUCAGUGCAGAUACAAUAUUUGUGGCACAUUUAAAUAUGAAAGUAGACUAUUCUUUUCACACGGGACUAUACGUUAUCGCUAUGAUAUUUGCAUGAUUAGCUUAAUUGAUCACGCUGUAGUCUGUGUUCACAGAAAACGAGUGAGCCUUUAUUAUCUCGAGGUGCACAAAACUCGUUGCGUACCUGUAUUACAAACUUUAUGCCUUCAUUGUGAUAAAGAUUGAAUAAAACUUAUGCACAAUAUAAAAAGA